AUGCCUGCCCUCGUGCCGAGCGAUGCCGUCACGCUGCUGUACCGACGCUACCUCAAGGCUGCCAACCGCAUCCCCAAUGUCACCAUCCGCAUGCUUCUGCUGCAGCAGAUCCGUUCCGGGUUUCGACGGAAUCGCGCCAUCUCGAGCGCGUCGGCGCAGCGAGAGCUGAUCAACCAAGCGCACAAGGAUUUAGCCGUGCUGGAGGACGACCGGCUGUCCCGCACGCUCUACAUCAAUCGGCUCGGUUUGGUGUCCUGCCUGGACUGGGAGGUGCGGCGCACGGAGUACAACUUUCGUCCUGAGACGCAGUCCUAUCUGGCGGCAUGGCUCCUCGGCGGGUUUCUAUUUCUUCUCAUGAUUGUUUUGCACACGGAGCGCAUUGAGAAGCAGCGGCCCGAUAUUGCGCAGAUGGUGGACUACAUGGCCAUGCGAUUAGAGGCGGACUCGCCAGAAGAGCUGCGGGAGCUCCGCGACCGGCAGAUGCGCGACUCCCUCGAUCAACGUCAGUUCCAAGUGUCGUUGGAACAACGUAUAUUGAUGACCUUUCACGACGCACCCAACGCUCCCGCACCAUCGUUGCGGAAUCCCGAUGGCUCAUUGCGUUACGCGCAGCACAGCUGA